UCAAAGUUGUGACGGUCUCGAAUAUCAAAAACUUGUUCGCUGUUCUCAGAUGUCCUCGGUGGUGAAGUUAGUAAUUGUACAAAGAAUCUCCCUUUUGCUGUGAGCACCAGCUUCCCGAUAGCGACGAAUUCCUGUUCCAAGAGCAAGCGGCCAACUUGCCCGACUCGAAAAUCAUUGUGUUUUAGGGGGAAGGGGUGCAAACAAGCGGCAUUAAGACACGCGGCGUUGUUCGGCGGGCGCUAGCCAGGAGGAGAAACAGACGCCUGCGAAACCGGAAAGAACGAACGAACGAAGCCGUUAACACUUUCCCGGCAUUCUCGGCGGAUGGUGAUAGCCUCUAGCGGUGCUCGAUCAUGUCUUUGCCAUACUCGCAGCAGUCGCAGCAGUCGCAGCAGCACGGUGGUAUCCGGAGUGGUAUAGCGUCCGGACCAAAUCCCAUUUCGCGGUCGAGAACGGUCGAACCGAGCGCGAUGCACAUCCAAAAGAUCCUGGACGAGAACGCCGGUCUUAUCCAGACGAUCCAGGAACUGCAGUACGUGGGCAAGGGCCCGGAAAGCAUGUCCUAUCAGGUGGCCCUGCACCGAAAUCUAGUGUACCUGGCCAACUUGGCUGAUCCAAUGCAAAACAUUCAAACGCUCCUACCGCCUCCACACAUACUGCAGCACUCGACGAUGCAUGGGAAUACCGGAGUCGGCGGUCCUCCGGCGCAUGAUAGCAGCAUGAUGGGGCAAGGACCCGGCGUGGGCGGAAUGCCGAACUAUGGUCAGACGGCCGGCGGAGGCGGAAUGGCUGGGCAGCAACAACAGCAGCAGCAGCAACAGCAGCAACAACAACAGCAGCAGCCCGUCAAUCAAUCGCUGACUAACAAUGGUACCGGUGGCCAGGGAGUACCGGGACAACAUGGUGCACACGUGCCACCGCAGUCAUCGGUUCAGGGCGUCGGUAUGCAGGCGCAAACCGCACAACAGCAAUCCCACGGACAGCUGCAGCAGCAGCAACAACAGCCACCGAACGUGCAAACAAGCCAGAAUGCGGUUACUCAGCAUAACCAAUCGCAGGGUGCGAUGAUGGCACAGUCCGGACCACACGUCGGUCAAGCAGGAGGUCAGGCAGGCAACUACCGCUCAGGAGGCCCAAUGCAACCGGUUAUGACCGGUGCCGGUGGACAGCCCCAGCAACCGAAUGCUAAUCAACAGGCCGUAGGUGCAGGCAGCGGUGGCGUCCGUGGACCACCCGGUUCACAACAACAGCAGCAGCAGCAACAGCAGCAACAACAACAACAACAACAGCAGCAACAGCAACAACAGCAGCAACAGCAACAGCAGCAGCAACAACAGCAGCAGCAGCAACCGGCGAGUCAACCGCUACCACCACAAACUGGUGGCUACUCGCAGCGAUCGCAGCACGGCUCUUACAACGUACAGCACUCGCACUACCCGGGGUACCCACCCCCGAACCAGCCAUAUCAAACGCAGAGCGGCUACACGCCGUACGGACCACCGAACCAGGUGCAGGGCUAUGGACCACCGAACACGAAUGCGUCACAGAGCUAUCAUCACGGUGGAGUCGUGCCCUCUGUCGCUACCAAUGCGUCUGGGCAAGGUCCUCCCCAGAGCUCACCGUAUCCGACGGUGGCUGCUGGUCAGCAUCCGGGCCAGGUACCGCCUGGUGGGCCCCAGCAGACCGGGUACCAGCAGCAGGUGCCACAGGGAGGACCGAAUGUUGGCUACGGCCCUCCGGGACAGCCCCCUGUUCAAUAUCCUCCGCAGGGUGGACCGGGUGGGCCGCCUCCACCACCGCACGGCUACCCUGGCUACGCUAGCCCUGGACCGAACGCGUACGGACAACCACCCGGACCUCAGGGUCCGCUGCCACCUCAGACACAGUCUGGUGGCUAUCCGAGCGCGGGUCAGUCUCCAGGCUAUCCGCUGCCACAACCGCAGUACCCAGCUAGUUACGCCACUACGCAAGCACCCCACGGCGGGCCACAGAAUGCUGGUAGCAUCUCUACCAAUGCUGGUGGUGUUAACCCAAAUACCGUCGGAAGCGGUGCCGCAGCCCAAGUUCAAGGACCCGGUGUGGCCGGAGGCUAUGGAGCGCAGCAGCAGCAACAACAACAACAGCAGCAACAGCAACAGCAGCAGCAACAGGUCGGUGCUUCAGCCAGUGCUCAAACGUCGGCCGCCAGUGGAACCUCUUCACCUGUGACGAUGUCUCCGACUACCUCGUCAGGCUAUAUGGUAACACCGACAGCCAACGCAUCCGGUGGUGCGGCCUCGGCUUCUGGCGCUCCUCAAUCAACCGGUUACAACUCCUCUGCAAGCGUCGGAGGCUACCCGCAGCAACAGCAACAACAACAGCAACAACAGCAAUCGACAGUCAGCGGCCCUGGGGGAGGUCCACAGCAACAACAGCAACAGCAGCAACAACAACAGCAGCAGCAGCAGCAGCAACCGCCACCCGGUCCACCCGGUCCGGCUGGCUAUCCACAGCACACGCCGUAUCAUCAACAGACCGGCUACUCGCCAAUACCACCACCACAAGCUUUGCGUAAUUUGUCCGGUUUUUUCAUCAAGGGUUUCUCAAACCCCUCAAUACUUGGCUCUGCCAUUGCCAUCUGCUGGAUAAUGAUCGAUAGGUUGCGGUACAUUGGCUCGCUCGCUCGAACGCUGAUCGCGAACCCUGACGCUUGUGUGGUCCUUUAUGGGGCGAGAAGCGGGAAAAAGGGUUCACACAUAUUUGGCCCACUCUUACCCUCCCCUCCUCCUAAGGACACAUGCGUCGUGUGUCGGUGGCAGCGCUUGGAGAACUGGCGACCUAUGUUUCGUUCGGCGCAUCGUUAACUGAUCCAAAGCAGAUGCCACUAUUUUGAAAUCUUUCAUUCAGCCAAACAGUCUAACUAGUUGAACUAUUUUUUUUUAAAUAUUAUUGUGAAUAUCUCUUUGUUAAAAAAAAAAAAACAUCGCAUGAUUGUGUCGCUAGUGAGUUGAUUCUCUCGUUGUAAUCGGUCUGGAAACACCCAGCCCACCGUUUUCAUCUUUCAGCGGGGAAACACAAGCAAACCCAUACACAAAUGUAAUCGGGGACUCUGGGAUUGACUGUCAAAUUUCAAGUAAUGUAAUAAAAAGGAAAAAAAGUGACCGAUUUGGUAAAAGUAACAGUCUUUUAAUCAUCCCUUCAAUCGAAAUGAUUUGGCCUUUUUGGCUGUAUUGCAACUGUAUUAGAUUAUAAGUGUGGUGGUGUGGAACAAUCACAAUUGGUAGAACUGCACCAAUUGCAAACCACUGCAUUCUGCGACUAUGAGUGGUGAGCUCUGCGCAAUUCAUAUAC